AUGGGCAUCGCCGUGCCGGCGGGGGUCGUCGCCGUCGCUGCCCCCGCCGCCUUCGUCACCAUCUCCAAAGCCGUCGCCAUCGCCGUCAAUCACACCUUCGGCGCCUUCUCGCACCACGUGCCAGAUGACGGCCACAUCAUCAUCCUCUUUGGCCCGCACAUCGCCAUCUCGGACGAGGGCGAGCUGGGCAAGUACCUGCGCGAGGGGCAGGUGCACGAGUCGACCGCGUGCGGGGCGGUGCUUGGCGCCUACGCCGCCUGCAGAUGCGGCAAGGCCGGCGAAUUUGACGAGAUGGACAUGCAGCAGUCGUGGCUCAAGCAGCGCAUCAACCGCCGCUUCGGCGAGAUCGAAUCCUCGGACGACCAAAUGAAGGCGCUGAUCCACGUCGCUUACGAGGCGGUCAAGGAGAUGCUCCUCGGCAUCGUCGACACUGAAUUCAGCAGCGGCAAGCUGAUCCUGAUCGGAGGCAUCCAGAUCAACAUGCCGAAGCCGUGGGAAGACCACUUCCAGCCGCUCUACUAUCAGGUGCACCAGAAGGGCGCCGAGCCCGUCGACAUCCUCGACGACAUGUGCUCCUUUUGA